AUUACAAACGAAAGUAAAAGAGGGUCUGGAUGAAACUCUUGGCGUGGCUGAGAAGUCCAUUUCUGAUGCAGAAGCCUGGGACAAACCAAGCACUCUUUCCGAUGAGCUGGAGCAAGCCACUGGCCAGAUUCAACAAUCAAUGGUAUUUAUAGAUUAACUGCAUUGCCGCGUGAAUUUGUAUAAUAGCUCUAUCAGUUCUAAACUGUUCUUCCUAGAGGUCCAGUAAGGAUAUCUCUUAUUGAUCCAGUGUUACUACAGGAGGAAACCUAAACUAAACUAACUUUAUUUAUACUGGAUAGCUCUAUCAGUUCUAAACUGUUCUUCCUAGAGGUCCAGUAAGGAUCAUUUCUUAUUGAUCCAGUGUUACUACAGGAGGAAACCUAAACUAAACUAACUUUAUUUAUACUAGAUAGCUCUAUCAGUUCUAAAAUGUUCUUCUUAGAGGUUCAGUAAGGAUCAUCUCUUAUUGAUCCAGUGUUACUACAGGAGGAAACCUAAACUAAACUAACUUUAUUUAUACUGGAUAGCUCUAUCAGUUCUAAACUGUUCUUCCUAGAGGUCCAGUAAGGAUCAUCUCUUAUUGAUCCAGUGUUACUACAAGAGGAAACCUAAACUAAACUAACUUUAUUUAUACUGGAUAGCUCUAUCAGUUGUAAACUGUUCUCCCUAGAGGUCCAGUAAGGAUCAUCUCUUAUUGAUCCAGUGUUACUACAAGAGGAAACCUAAACUAAACUAACUUUAUUUAUACUGGAUAGCUCUAUCAGUUCUAAACUGUUCUCCCUAGAGGUUCAGUAAGGAUGACUCCUAUUGAUCCAGUGUUACUACAAGAGGAAACCUAAACUAAACUAACUUCAUUUAUACUGGUUAUUUCUAUCAUUUCUAAACUGUUCUCCCUAGAGGUUCAGUAAGGAUGACUCCUAUUGAUCCAGUGUUACUACAAGAGGAAACCUAAACUAAACUAACUUUAUUUAUACUGGAUAGCUCUAUCAGUUCUAAACUGUUCUCCCUAGAGGUUCAGUAAGGAUCAUCUCCUAUUGAUCCAGUGUUACUACAAGAGGAACUAAACUAAACUAACUUUAUUUAUACUGGAUAGCUCUAUCAGUUCUAAACUGUUCUUCCUAGAGGUCCACUGUAAAUGUGAAGUAAAUAUAUACUUAAAAAAAAUAGUUAUGAACAAUCUUUUUGAAUUUUUAGGAAAACGUAACCGAUGUGAACAAUAUGUACACGCAGACAAUGCAGUCUUUGAAACGUCCUCAAGAAAUCGCGCAGUCUGGAGUCCUUCCAGUAGACGUGAGUGCUGAUAUUGAAACCAAGUGUCGUGAUCUGUCCAAGAGAGUUGGGCGGCUUCCUGCUGUUGUCCUCAGGAAUCAUAAGAGGUAAGUAGUGAAGUUUAUAGCGAGCUUAAACAAGCAAGGGACAUUGUUGUCAACAAGGACGCCAGAUUGUCGAGAGGGGCUGGAUUAAAAACUGUGUUUGUAUCAGUCUGUGGUAAUCUUUAACACAUAUGACAAAACAUACGAUUUUUAAAGGACGAAAGCUGUAUCUGGCUUACAUGUAUUGAUCAAACAUGGAUUUAGUCAUGAACUUCAUGAACCCACUAUCAUGAAUACAUACAAAAAAUCAUGAUAUUACAAAUAUUUCUAGUUUGUUCGAGGCGUUCACGCAAUUACUUCAUAAUGUCGUCAACGAAAGCGAACAAUGGAUCUCGCAGAAUGAAGGAAAUGUCAUGGUAUCUUUUGUGUCUAUCGCCAGUUUGGAGGACUUGAAGAAUAAAAUCCAGGAAAACAAG